AUGACAGAAAAGUCAGCACACGAAAAAACGGCCGAUGUUGUGUCAUAUCAUGACAAGGCUGAGCCAAGCGAUGUUUAUGUCAGCUAUGAAGGAUUCGAGGCACCAACAGAAGAGGAUUGGAAGACCUUGAGACAGGUGCCUGACAAGAUUCCCUUCUCCGCUUUUCUCGUCAUCAUUAUCGAAUUUUGUGAGAGAUUUACUUACUACGGUUUGAGUGGCCCAUUUCAAAAUUAUAUUCAAAACCCUGCUCCCGCAAGCUAUCCUGCUGAAAAGGCUGGUGCUAUGGGUAAAGGGCAGCAAACAGCUACUGCUUUGACUACAUUUUUCCAAUUCUGGUGUUAUAUUACUCCCAUUAUUGGCGCCGUUAUCGCUGAUCAAUAUCUCGGUAAAUACCGUGCCAUUCUGUUAUUCUCCAUCAUUUACUUUAUUGGUUUGAUCAUCCUCACCUUGACGUCCAUCCCACCUGCUAUCGAAAGUGGUGCUGCUUUCCCCGGUUUCAUUGUGUCUAUCAUCAUCAUUGGUCUUGGUACCGGUGGUAUCAAAUCCAACGUAGCUCCCUUGGUCGCCGAACAAUAUCAAAGUAGAUCUCCUUACAUCCGUACCGAUAACAAAGGCAAUCGCGUGAUUGUCAGUCCUCAAGCUACCUACCAACAAAUCUUUUCUUACUUUUACUGGGGUAUCAACAUCGGUGCUUUGUCUGCUAUUGCCACCACAGAAUUGGAAAAGAACGUCGGCUUCUGGCCUGCUUACCUCUUGCCUACCAUCAUGUUCAUGUUCGGUAUCGCUACUAUCUUCAUAGGACGUAAACGCUACAUUCAAGCUCCACCUCGUGGCUCUAUCUUUGUAGAAGUUGGAAAAUUAUUCAUGAUGAAGAUCAAGGUGAAAGACGGUCUUGAAGCCUGUAAGCCUUCCAACCUCGCCAUCGACCAUCCUGAUUUACUCCAUGAAGCUACAUGGGAUGAUGUCUUUGUGGAUGAAUUGAAACGUGCCCUCAGAGCCUGUAUCAUCUUCUGUUGGUAUCCCAUCUUCUGGCUCUGUUACUCUCAAAUGACCAACAACUUGAUUUCUAUGGCCGGUACCAUGUUGACGGGUAAUGUUCCCAACGAUAUCAUGCAAAACAUCGAUCCUCUUACCCUGAUUAUCGCUAUCCCCGUGUUUGAUCGUGUCAUCUUCCCUGGUCUCCGUCGUUGCGGUAUCAACUUGGGUCCCAUCACCCGUAUUGCCCUUGGUUUCUUCUUUGCUGCCGUUGCCAUGGGCUACAGUGCCGGUAUUCAAGCCAAGGUGUAUCAAACUGCCCCUUACUAUGACCACCCCGAUGGCCGUCAGAACUGGAUUUCUGCUGCCUACCAGAUUCCUUCUUACUUCUUCACCGCUAUUUCUGAAGUCUUUGCCUCUAUCACCGGUAACGAGUACGCUUACAAGAAGGCCCCUGAAUCCAUGAAGUCCAUUGUCAUGGCUCUCUUCUUAUUCACCAACUGUAUUGCCUCUAUUCUCGGUUUUGCUCUCGUCUCUGUUGCCGUCGAUCCCAAGUUGACUUGGAUGUACACCGGUAUCGGCUGUGCUUCAUUCAUCUGCUCCGUUCUUAUCUUUGUCCUCUACCGCAAGUAUGAUAAGACAGAUGUUGAAGAUGAUGCCAUUGGUCGUAAUGAUUCAGAAAGAGAAAAGUACCAAAAGAAGAUGGCCACUAUCGAAUACGAAGUUGAAAAGGGUCCUGUGUAA